AUGCCUGGCUUCAUGAACUCGCCGGCGCUUCGAGGUGCUGGCCUGGUUAUUCUCCAGGCCCUCCGAGUCGCUACCGUCAUCACUCUUCUGACUGCCGGAGCUGCUUGCUGGAUUCUCAUCAUCAACGUCCAAAAGAGCAAGCCGUACUUUAUCUUUGAGUGCUUCACGCUCUUCUUCGUCUCCGUCUUCUGCUCUUUGCUCGUCGUCUCGGAGCUGGCAUUUAUGGAAUUCAUCAAGAUUUACCUUCGUCGCAUGUGGCCUGUCUUGUCCGACCACCACGGGCUUAGUUGGCUGGGCAUCGGCAUGAUCAUCAUCGGCUGCAACCUCUUGGGAAUGCUCAACCACGACUUGGACAUGUCCUCUGCGCUCUCUUCGCUGGUGCUCGCUGCGGGUAUCCUGUCCUUUAUUUUCGGCUUUCUCAACUUUGUCUGUUCAUUCAUCUGGUGCGAUAGAAAAGAGGGCAUUACAUCUCGCGAUAUUCGGGCAAACGGCUCGCUGGCGCGGUCUCAGCGCCAAUACUCCGAGUACGGCGGCAGCAGCAGAUCGAACUCCAUCCGAAACGAGAAGACGAGGAGCAAAUUCAUGUUUUGGAAAAGUGAAAAGGAAGACGAAUAUAUGAGUGGCCAGGCUCAAAGUCACCCGCCCUACAUCAUCACUCACCAUGUCCAUGAUGUAGAAGCUCAGAGCGACAGCCCUAUUAUUCCGGGCCUGAAGCGUCCAGAUACGGCGCUGCACCCAAUGAACAGCCGCAGCAGCCGCAGCAGUCGAUAUUCCGAGGCCAACAUGUCACGCUUUUGA